UCCAGUUAUCCAGAGAUAAAGACCUCCGCGUUGAUGCGAAACCUGUACUGUGCACUGACAAGCAAGUAAUUCAAAGCAAAGCCAAGACAUUGUCGCCCCUAUAUUUUUCCCUCCCCGUCUGCCAUUCCCCGUCUACCCUAGCGUGUUUGCCACUGAUGGAGCCUCAAAAGAACGAUGAUAGGGGUGAGGUCCUCUAUACCUCUAAAAUUACGGCAGUCAUUAAGACGGGCUACAAGGUCGCGGGGCUCACCUUUGGGAAAGCGAGAACAGAGGUAAAUCUCGAUGGAAAGGACGUCUUCGAGGAAUUCUGGGGGAAGACAGGGUCGAGAAACACAGCCUUCGACCAGAGGCCCGCAGCCUCCGAAGCAAUGCGCGAUGCGCUGUGUAAAGUUCGAUCAGAAACAAGAAAUCAUCGAGCUCUCAUGAGUGACAAGACGCAAAGUCGAGUCAAAAUUGUCCUGAAGUAUGGUGUGGCAAUCUCAGAGAUCAAUCCUUUUGCAAAAGCCGCAUUUAGUAUAGCGAGGGUUACAUUUGAGCUCUUAGAGAAACAGCAGAAAUAUGACGAGAUAUUAUCGGACCUCGGCGAUCGACUCCGUCGUGUUCUUCCUUUUGCAGAGCAAAUUCUGCAGGAUGGAGUUCACGAUGACACUAUCGCGUUGCAAAAGGUCAUUGAUGAGAUGUAUCUCUUGACUAUUGAUGUCGCGGAAUUCGCUUGGAGAACUUUGAAAGGGAUGACAUCCCAUGAGGACAUGGUGAAGAUUAGCGACCUACGUGAGAGACUUGGCAAGCUUGUCGAAGAUUUCAGCCGAGCUAUGGACGUUGAAAUACUGAAAACAGUAAGACUAGGUGAAGAGCACGACCUCCUCAAUAGAUUAGAGCCUGUCAAGACGACACACAGCUUGGAUCGGUGUUGUAUGCCCGGAACUCGCCAGGCACUUCUUACAGACAUAAUAGAAUGGGCCUUGGAAAGUCCUAAAAACGAUUCCAAAGCGCGGGGUGAAGCAGUAUACUGGCUAUAUGGCAUCCCUGGCAUCGGAAAAACGUCUAUGGCGAAUUCAAUAUGUUCCAAACUUCACGCAAAAAAGCGAUUAGGGGGUGUUUUCUUCUGUAGGAGGGAUGACCUAUACCUUAGCGACCCAAAAUGUAUCCUACCAACGCUCAUGUUCAAACUGGCUGGGAUGUGGGGACCAUACAGGAAACUCCUUGCGGAGGAACUACGCACAGAUCCUCAUUUAAAUCGCGACUCGGCCGGAUAUGGCCUCUUCUCCAAGCUUCUUGGACGUCUAAUGGACCAUCCAACAGACCCCCUCGUAUUCGUCAUUGACGCACUAGAUGAGUGCGGCAACAGCCAGACCCGCAAAGCGAUACUCACCAGCUUAUUCGACGCAUGUUCACGAGCCAAAUGGUUGAAAAUUAUCAUCACAAGUCGACAAGAAAAAGAUAUUGAGGUAUCUUUUCAGCGGCUCGAUCAAAUUGGUCCCUAUAUAGCCCAAGACCUUGCCGCGGACAACGAAGCAUCUGAUGGCAUCCGCAAAUUUGUGACCAAAAAGCUCAAGAAUGUUGCAGACCGUCAUUAUUUGGGAACAGAUUGGCCUGGCCCCGAAAUGGUAGAGAAAAUUGUCGCACGAUCUGGUGGCUUAUUCAUCUUUGUUGAUACAUUGUGGAGACUACUAAAAGAUGACUUCCAUCCAGAUCGUUGUCUGGCUCAUGCUCUGACAGAGUCCUAUGGCAACGUUCUGGCCGGCCUUUAUCGUCUAUAUUCAACCACGAUUGCAUCUCGAAUUGGUCAAAAUCAAGGGGAAUUCCGCUUAAUAAUGGGAACGAUCAUUGCUGUGGGGUAUCAUCGACCUUUGUGUGACAAGAGUGUGGCGGACUUGAUCGGCGUUGAUAUACGUAUGGUCAAGAUGCUAGUAGACAAACUAAACGUCCUACUGUACCGGGAUACAGAGGCAGAUGGAGGGAUCCGUGUACGGCAUCUAUCUGUUAUAGAAUUCCUUACAGGAUCAGAUUGUCCACUGGAAAUGGGUAUAGAUGUCAAGAAAAUCCAUCGGUUGGUCGGUCUAUCCUGUCUCAAUAUCAUGAAUCGACAACUUCGGUUCAAUAUAUGCGACCUGGAAUCGUCAUAUAUAUCAAAUAAAUAUAUAACGGACCUAAAAGAUCGAAUUGACAAGAACCUCUCGGACGUUCUCCAAUAUAGCUGUGUUUAUUGGUCCAAUCAUAUUUGUUACUCUCCCGAUACUAUGGAGGUGCAAACGUAUGAAGCUCUCGAAAUUUUCUUCAAUAAUCCAAAUAUCCUCUACUGGACGGAGGCUCUAAGUCUGAUGGGAAAGAUCCCUGUCGGCGAAUUAGCAUUGCAGAGGGUUUUAUCUUGGACUCAGUCCCCUGACAGAUCACUGGUAGAAAUUCUCAACGAUGCAUUGCGGUUUCUGGUCACCUUCCGUACUCCUAUCAUGAUGAGUGCGCCGCACAUUUACCUUUCAGGACUUCCUUUUAUGCCAAGUGGUUCACGACUAUGGAACAACAUGGCUCCGAAAUUUAAAGGGCUUAUAGUUGUUCAGCUUGGCCGGAUGAAGUCAUGGCCAGGUCGCCCUGAGAAAUGGAUUGGCCACACUAAAUGGGUAAUCUGCGUCGCAUGCUCCCCAGAUAGCCGACGGAUUGUCUCCGGUUCUCUGGAUAAUACAAUGAGAAUCUGGGAUAUAGAGACAGGAGUGGCUGUUGGUGAGCCCUUGAGGGGUCAUGCGGACCAUAUAAGAAGCGUCGCUUAUUCACCAAGUGGUCGAUGUAUCGUGUCCGGCUCCUUCGACCAUUCGAUUCGUAUAUGGGAUGCAGAAACAGGAAAUUCAAAUUUUAGUCCCUUAGAAGGGCAUACUGGUACAGUCAACAGUGUAGCAUACUCUCCGGAUGGUCACCACAUUGUCUCCGGCUCUUACGAUAACACUAUUCGGAUCUGGGACGCGGAUAUGGGGAGCUUAAUCGGCGAACCACUGAUAGGUCAUACUGGAUGGGUCAACAGAGUGGCAUACUCUCCAAAUGGUCGGUAUAUCAUCUCUGGCUCCUUUGACAAAACAAUUCGUAUUUGGGACACGAUGGCGAGCAAUGCCGUUAUUCAUAUAUUAGAGGGACAUACCGACUGGGUGAAGAGCGUAUCAUAUUCAAAUGACGGUCGAUACAUCCUUUCAGGCUCCUGGGACAACACGGUACGAGUUUGGGAUGCGGAAAAAGGAGUUGAAAUUGGUGAUCCACUGAGGGGACAUACUGGAACUAUCACAACCGCCAUAUAUUCUCCAGAUGACCUUCAUAUUGCUUCUGGAUCUUCAGAUAACACGAUUAGGAUCUGGGACUCGAAGAAAAGAGCCCUGAUUUGUGACCCGUUAGCAAAGCACACCGACUGGGUUAAUGGUCUCGUAUACUCGCCAAACGGCCGAUAUCUCUUCUCAGCAUCUGAUGAUAACUCGGUUAGAAUCUGGGAUGCAAAGACUGGGGAUGCUAUCGGAGAGCCAACAAACGGACACGUUGGCUUGGUUAGCAGUGUGGCAUACUCACCAGAUGGUCGCUACAUAGCUUCUGCCUCCUUUGAUACUACAAUAAGGAUCUGGGACUCCAAAACAGGAGAGUCUAUCGGAAAACCUCUCUGUGGACAUACAGAAAUGGUCACAAGCAUGUCAUACUCUCCGGAUGGUCGGUAUAUCAUAUCUGGCUCCUCGGACAGCACUCUUCGACUAUGGGAUGUGGAAAGAAGAACCUCAAUCGGUGAACCAUGGAAAGGGCAUGAGGGAUCCGUGUUCAGUGUUGUAUACUCCCCAAAUGGUCGCCAUAUAGCCUCCGGAUCCGACGACAGUACGGUUCGAAUAUGGGAUACAGAACGAGACAUCCCGUUUGAAAAACUUAUGAAAGGGCAUAAAGAAUUUGUAUAUGUUGUCACAUAUUCACCAGAUGGUCGGUAUGUAGCCUCAGGCUCGCGUGACAGGUCAAUACGCAUAUGGGAUACAGUCACAGGGACAUUGGUUGGGGAUCCAUUAAGAGGACACACUAGUCUAGUUACAAGUCUAGCAUACUCUCCAAAUGGCUGUUAUAUUGCCUCCGGCUCGCUGGACAAGACAAUUCGCAUAUGGGACACGACAACAGGCUCUGUUGUUGGCGAAGCGCUAGUAGGGCAUACUGGUCCAAUCGAACACAUUGCGUAUUCCCCAAAUGGACAGCAAAUCGUGUCUGGUUCAUGGGAUAAGACAAUUCGAAUAUGGGACGUAGAAGGGCGAAAGGUUCUCUGUGAGCCAUUGAAGGGACAUGAGAAUCUGAUCUCAUGUGUUACAUAUUCACCAAAUGGCCAAUAUAUUCUUUCUGGUUCCUAUGACCAGACUAUCCGAGUCUGGGUGGCACCUGGACAAGUUAAUGAAUUUUCAGCAGGGAAAGGCUUAGGCCCAUCACACGACGCCAUACCUUUAUCUUUUCCUCUACGGGACAUAUUACCUCUACAGGACUUUACCUCAGCAGCCUUAAAUGAUCGGAUUCGGCAAGAUGACGAUUACACUCUACUAUUCGAUUCUAAUGGAUGGAUUCGUCACCCAGAUGGUCACCUUCUAUUUUGGGUUCCGGAGGGCUUUCGGCAUAGGCUAAUGUGUCCAGCUGUCCUCACAAUUCCGAUAAGUGGCCACCACAGGGCCGUGCGGGUUGAGCUUAGUGAAUAUUGCAAUGGAAACACAUGGAAUAAGAUUCAGGAGGCGAAUGG